UUGGUGACUUGGGAGCCGGGCGACAAGGAGAAUCCGCAUACUUGGAGUCCGACGCGGCGGUGGGUGGUUACUUUGGUGUUGAACACGCUGCCGCUGUUCGUCAAUAUUGGGUCGAGUAUUCUCAGUGGUUCAUCGGCAGAUAUGGAGAAGCUGUAUCAUGUGUCGUCGGAGGUCACCAUCCUGAUGACCAGUGUGUUUCUACUGGGGUUUACUUUUGGUCCGCUCAUGUUCGGCCCAUUGUCGGAGCGCAUCGGGCGCAAGAUUCCCAUCACCAUCGGCGUGACGCUAUUCGCGACGUUCUGCAUUCCGAUCGCGGUGGCUCAAAACUACUACACCAUUUUGAUUAGUCGCUUCUUCAGCGGUCUAUUCGGCUCAGCUGCUAUGGCUGUGACUGGUGGCGCCAUAGCCGACAUCUGGCCGGACCCGAUCAUCCGUGGCGUGGGAAUGGAUAUCUUCAUCCUGACCGGUUUCUUUGGGCCCAUCAUCGGCCCCAUCAUUGGCAACUUUAUCACCCAGAGCUAUCUGGGCUGGCGCUGGGUCAUGUGGGUGACUGCCAUCAUUGCCUACAGCUUCAUCAUCUUCGCCUUCUUUGUCGUUCCAGAAACAUACGCUCCAGUACUGCUGACCCGCAAGGCCGCCCGUCUGCGUCUACAGACCAAGCAAUGGGCGUUGCAUAGUCGACUGGAGGAAAAUGACACGGAUUUCAAGACCUUUGCCAAGGCGUAUUUGCUGCGGCCGUGGGUCCUGCUGGCGACGGAGCCCAUCUACCUGGUGGUCACCAUUUACAUGGCAUUCGUUUACGGUCUUCUCUUUCUCUUCUUCGAGGGCUUUCCAAUCGCAUUCGAGCAGGUCCGUGGUUGGAAGCCACAAAUCGCAGCCCUUCCAUUCCUGGGCCUCGCAAUCGGGGUCAUCAUAGCGGGCUUUGCCAUCAUCUGGUACACAAUGACCUUUUACAAGCGACAGAUUCAAUCCACCCCCGGGCUAUCGGUGCCAGAACGUCGUCUACCCCCGAUGAUGGUCGGCGCGGUGCUGCUUCCCCCGGGCAUGUUCUGGGCAGCCUGGACCAGCCACGCAUCGACGCCGUGGCCAGCGCAGGUGGCGGCCUACAUUAUCGUGGGGGCAUGUCUGUUCACCAUCUUCGUGCAGGGUUUCAAAUACAUCGUGGACGUGUAUUUGAAUGUCGCCAACAGCGCCAUCUCGGGCAACACA